AUGAUGAGAACAUUCAGAGAAAGAGGAGGAGAAGUUGUUGUGGCCGGUGAUGGAAGAGCAGACAGUCCUGGUCAUUGCGCCAAGUAUGGUGUCUACUCACUAAUUGACAUGAACUCUGGUCAAGUCAUUGGUCUCCAUAUUGUACAGUCCUGUAUUUUGCAUUUUCAGAGUAAUGAAGUAAAAUUAAGCUACAAUAUAGAUCUUGAAGGAUUAAAGAGAGCUGUUUCUGCAUUAAAUGGGGCUGGAAUAAAUAUUCUUGAAAUUAUAACAGAUCGCCACAUGCAGAUACAGAAAUGGAUCAGAGAGAACAUGCCAUUUACAGUCCAUAGUUUUGAUGUAUGGCAUAUUGCUAAAGGUGUGAAGAAAAAGUUAUUAUCAUUAGCUAAAGAGAAGGAUUGUCAGGAUGUAAGCAGAUGGAUAAAGAGUAUAACCAACCAUUUGUAUUGGACAGCUGCUUCCUGUAAUAAAGGGGAUAGUGAUCUUAUGGAGUCUAAAUGGAAAUCAGUUUCCAGUCAUGUUCAGAAUAUCCAUCAUGGUCAUCAAGGACCUUAUAAAGAAUGUCAGCAUGAUCUUCUUCAAGACAGAGUAUGGUUGAAGCCAGGUAAACUUGCUUUCCUCUAUAACUACUAUUACUUGCAAUUAACCCUUUGAAUUCAUUCCAACAUUUUUACUGGUUUUCUCUUAUAUUGCUGAGCUGUACAGCAGUUUUUUCAAGCCCACUUGUAGAGAGCGCGACAAAAUUGUCACAAUGGCGGUUUUUGUAUGUGCAUGCAUCUGUCUGUCCAUCCAUGAGUCCUUCAGGUUAUGCUUGUCCGGGACGUAAUUCUUCUCAUUGGAAGGCAGAAUUUCAAAUGUUUACAAUAAUGAGAUGGCAUGUCAUGACAGAACUAAGUGGCAAGGUCAAAGGUAAAGGUCAUGUUUAAAGGUCAAAUGCUAAGAAUUGGUAUCAAACGGCUUGUCACAAAAUUUAAAACUGGGGAUUACUAUUCUGUGAAAAUUGUGUUGACAGAGAAUACGUUUUUAUAUGUGCAAACACUUUUAGACACAACAUUAGAGAUGUAUGGAAAAAAAAAUAUAUGGAAACACCAAUACCGCCACGUCUGACAUCAGGCAAGAGGAAACCCAGCAAAGCAGAAGCAGUAUCAAAGUUGUCAUCGCGUUAUAAAAAACUAAAAUUUUCGAAAAAACUUGUGAACAUUAUGAGCAAACAAAGUUUGCACAGUCUUAAGACAUUUUUUUACAGUGUAUAUAAGAAACUGUUUUCUACUUUAAACUGCCGAUAACUUAAUUAUUUGUAUGUCUGUGUUCAAAUGUAAAAUAUUGAGUCAAAUUUCAGGAUGCAUUCUUUAUUUUACACACACAAACAAAGUUAACAAGUCGUUUUUAUGAAGGUUGGGCUUCAAGCAUCCAUAUACAUGUAUUAAUUGUAUUUUAAUUUUGAAGAAUUUACAACCACAGCUGUUAUCCGUUUCAAACUUUGAUUUCUUGUUCACUUCCAUGUGUAUGCAUUUUAGCUCAAGGAUUAGAAGAAAAAUGACAUUUAUUGUACUCGUCAAUGUAUGCAGUUGAUGUGGGCAUAACACUUAAGUUUUUGUACAUGCAAGUUUGUAUAAUAAAACCAACUGAAAGGAAUUAAUUGAAACUUGAAAAUAACAUUGAACCAUUUUGUAUGAAUAAUUUUCUUUUAAUUCAAUAAUACUAAAGACUACUUAAUGGUCGCACAAUUUCAUCUUUUCCCAUUUAAAUUGUUUGCCAAAGCCCAUUUCUUAGGCAAUGAACUCCAUCAGUCAUACAGAAUUAUCUUCCCUUUCUUUAAUAUAGCCCAGAUUAAAAGCAAUAGGGGCUCUUGGAUACUUUUUUCA